AUAUGGCCGAAGGAAAUGUUACGGGUUCGAACGCAGCUGCUGAGCCGCCGGGUAUGAGGGCUGUUAUGAUCGGUUCUACUGGAGCUAUCGGAGAACAUUUGCUGGGAGAACUUUUAAACUCUAAGAAUAUAUCCAAAGUUGUUUCUUUGGGUCGGAGAAAUGCCACAAUCCCUUCAGAAUAUUCUGUGGAUCAAAAAGCUGAAGAGGAAUCUGGAAGACUGGAGCAACAUGUCAUAGACUUUGAGAAAUUAAGCACUGAAACAGUUGGUGAACAUUUUAAGCACAAAGAUGUCUUCUUUUGUACUCUGGGCACAACUCGACGAGCUGCAGGAUCUGCUGCUGCCUUUAAACAUGUGGACUUUGACUAUGUGGUUAACUGUGCAAAAAUUGCUAAAGAGGCAGAUGUCCCUCAGGUGUCCUUAGUAUCUUCUCAAGGUGCAUCAGCUUCAAGUUCUUUCCUCUACCUGAAAACAAAAGGCCAGGUGGAGAAUGCAUUGAAGGACAUGCAGUUUCCAAACACAAGCAUUUUUAGACCUGGUUUUCUUGACCGAGGGAGCAAACAGAGAUUUGUAGAGAAGAUGGCAAAACUGGUGAUGACAUCCAUACCUGUGGCAACAGUUGCUAAAGCAAUGGUAACAGAUGCAGAGAACUAUAUGAAAAGCAAAGAGAGUGGUGGUGAUCUGCAAAGCACACCUUCAUCUGUCACUUACGAAAAUGCAGAAAUAUUAGCCCUUUUGUCAGCGAAUUGAAGGGAACUUCUUAAGUAAUUCAAGAAUUUACUGCUGCACAGCUUUUACUUUCAAUAACAAUUGUCUUGUAAACAAUGAAAAUAUUUGGAUAAUUACAUUUUGUCAGGUCAGAGAUAUUGGCAUCUAAUUUCUCAUUAUUCAUGAGAAUUAAGGAAACAAUCACCAACUGAAGAGGCUCUCGAUUGUUGUACUAGUGCCUUAGGAAAUGUAUAUAGAACAGCAUUAAAAAAAUAUGCACAUUGAUGUUAAAGAAUGACAGUCAGGUCCAAAAAUGAGACUUGUCAGCAUUGCAUCAGAAAACCAAAGGAUAUUUAUAGAACUUCAUUGUGAGCCUUCUUUCUGAUUAUCAGUAAAUAUAUAGGUCUGGAGAAAAAGCUUAUCUUGAGAUAGUUAAUAAUUCAACUGCAUCAACUGCGGUUAAAAACAGAUAUCAUUGUUUUCUUAUUAUUUCUAUUAUUAAAUUGAGUGUCUUUGACAAUAAUUUUGAUACAGCAUAGAAAGACAAAAACCAACAACAACAACUAAUGGGAACACGUACAGUUUCUCAACAAACUUCAUCUUUAUUAUGUGCACUAAAAAUUAUUUAUUUACAGCAACUGUCGAGAAGAACUCUACAUUCAUAUUUAUAUUGUCUUAUCCAUACUUUUCUGAGGGAACUGAUUAAAGUGGAUAUUUCUAAAUAUUUUCA